AUGGCAGAAGAAUUAAAACCUGAAAAUUGGACCGUAUCCAGUAACGAAGCUCUCAAAAUAUCCCUAGCAGAUGAUGAUGGUGCAGUACAAUUUUCACCCAACUUUACCUAUCCUAUAUUUGGAGACGCAGAGCAAAUUUUUGGUUACCAAGGUCUUAAAAUAAAUUUGGCAUUCGAUUCUGUAACUUUUAAGCCAUUUUUAAACGUCAAGUACGUGAAAAAGUUGGCUGCAGAAGUUGAGGAUAUUCAAUCUAAACUUUUAGAGUUUUUACCCGCCCAAGAUGUUAUAUUGAAUGAUGAAGCGAAAUGGGUUGACAAAUUUCAUGCCGAGAGAAAUUCUUUCGAACUCCCAAGUGAUGAGUAUUUAAUUACAGAAUAUGAAUUGGAUGGAAGUACUUUUGUUGUAUACCUUGUAAACCUUCAGGAUUACCGCAUCAAAAAGCUUCAUAGGCGCAUGCAAAUCUUCUGCCUACUAUUCAUUGAAUCUGCUUCAUAUAUUGAUGAAAAUGACGCUAACUGGGAAAUUUUCAUUACAUUUAAUAAGCUAACAAAGCAAUGUGUUGGGUAUACUACCACCUACAAAUAUUGGCACUACAGAGGUGCCAUCGAAUUUAACAAGUCAGAAAAGCUGCUGAAGAGAGGAAAAAUAUCCCAGCUGAUAAUUUUCCCUCAAUAUCAAUCAAAGAGACAUGGUUCUAAUUUGUACAAUGCUGUCUGUGAAGUUUGGAUGAAAGAUCCAUUUAUAACGGAAAUCACGGUUGAGGAUCCGAACGAAUCUUUUGAUGACUUACGAGAUCGGAACGACUUCAAUAGGCUCUAUCAGUCAGGUCUUUUCGAUACUAUCCCCAAUGAGUUACCCAUCUCAUCGAAAUGGAUUGAUAAAAAAAGAGCGGAGUUCAAGUUGGAUAAAAGACAGUUUAUACGGUUAAUUGAGAUGUCGUUACUAUUUAAAAAGUCUCCCAAUUUUAGAUUACAAGUUAAAAAUCGACUAUAUGAAAAGAACUUCGAAAUCCUGUCAGAAAUGGAUGAUCCAACAAUGAGGGAUAAGCUUCGGACUGCAUUUCAAUCUUUAGAAAAAGACUAUCUGCGUAUAUUACAAUAUUUGAUGCACAAGAAACAUUCCAUGGUGGAAGAUAUGAACAGUGAAGAUGUUUCAUCAAAGAAGUUGAAAGUAUGA